GUCGUGGAACACGCUUGGGACCUAAGAGUAGGCCUAGCGAUCGCUGAAGGGGCUGCUCGCCUCUUCCUCCACUCCAAGGGGUCUCUCUUACAAUUCUUCGAAGCCUUAUAAAGCAACCCUAGCUUUGAUUUUGGGGAGGAGAGAGCCUAGAAAUUAGAUCAUGGCGCACGCUUUGGGAGCUCAGGUCUCCCUAUCGCUGCCUGUUGGAACCGAUGUUUCUCUAAGGAAAUCCGGAUUGAAGGGUUGCAAUAAUGUUAGCUUCCACAAUAACUUCUGGGUGCCCUUUACAUCUUUAGAUUUAAGAAGCAACAAGGUACAAUCAAAAUGCCGGUUCAAGGUGGUAUGUAUGUCCGUACAACAAGCCAGCAAAAGUAAAGUUGCAGUAAAGCCUUUAGAGCUUGAGGAUGCUAAAGAGCCACCUCUCAACCUGUACAAACCCAAGGAACCUUACACAGCAACAAUAGUCUCAGUUGAGAGACUUGUUGGCCCAAAAGCCCCUGGGGAGACAUGUCAUAUCGUUAUUGAUCAUGGAGGCAACGUCCCUUACUGGGAAGGGCAAAGCUACGGAAUAAUUCCUCCUGGCGAGAACCCAAAGAAACCUGGAGCUCCUCACAAUGUUCGACUAUAUUCAAUUGCAUCAACUAGGUAUGGAGAUUCAUUUGAUGGCAAGACAGCCAGUUUAUGUGUCCGUCGUGCUGUCUACUAUGAUCCAGAGACGGGAGAAGAGGACCCUUCAAAGAUGGGUGUUUGCAGUAAUUUUCUCUGUGACUCAAAGCCAGGAGACAAGAUUCGGCUCACAGGUCCCUCAGGCAAAGUGAUGCUCCUACCAGAGGACGACCCGAAUGCCACUCAUAUUAUGAUGGCCACAGGGACUGGGGUUGCUCCAUUCCGUGCCUACCUUCGGCGCAUGUUCAUGGAAGAUGUACCAACAUACAAAUUUGGUGGCCUAGCAUGGCUUUUCCUUGGGGUUGCAAACACGGACAGCCUUCUCUAUGAUGAUGAAUUUGCAGGCUAUCUUCGUGACUAUCCUGACAACUUCAGGUAUGACAAAGCCCUUAGCAGGGAACAGAAAAACAAGAGGGGGGGAAAGAUGUAUGUUCAGGACAAGAUUGAGGAGUACAGUGAUGAAAUUUUCAGGCUUUUGGAUGAAGGUGCGCAUAUAUACUUCUGUGGUCUGAAGGGGAUGAUGCCCGGGAUCCAGGACACACUGAAGAGAGUUGCAGAGCAGAGAGGGGAGAACUGGGAUGAGAAGCUCUCCCAGCUUAGGAAGAAAAAGCAAUGGCAUGUUGAGGUUUACUAGCAAAAGUCGGAAGGUGUUAAAUAAAUAAGGGCAUGGCUGCCAGAUCAAGCAUGGUUAGAUGACAUAUUUUCCCUGAUGUUAUCUGAUUUCGGUCACAUUUAGUGCUCGCUGCAUAUUCACUGAUGCAGAAAACCCAUGUAGUUUACUGAGCUAUUGGGGCAGUUUACUGCAGCAUUAGGGUGCAUACUGAGCUAUUGGGGCAGUUUACUGCAGCAUUGUAACUCCAUUUGAUGCGGCAAAUGGACCUCUAGUUAAUUUAUCAGCAAUUUAUGACUUUUUGCCAUUCUUAUUUAAGAACUCUGUUCACCAGACAUCUUUAGAGAUAGCCUCUUAUUUGUGAGAUUUGUGUUUCUUGUUCCUCAGCUCUACAAACUUUUGAGAGAAGUCUUUCAUUUGAAUCUGUUGGGGUAAUUCACUCUAUGUUACUGGACUUGCAACU